UUCGCGAGCAUUUAUAUAAACAGUGCAUCAGAGUUGCGUGCAAUCAGCAGUGAGGAGAGAAUUAAAAAAAAACAAAAAUCUACUGCUGGUAAAUAUUUCAGCAAUAAUGUGACAUGAGCUUCCUGUUUGGGUAUUGUGUUUGAAGAUAGGAGAGAGAAGAGAGAGAGAGAAAAAAAAUCCCCCUUCCCUUUGAGACGUAGCAGACGGAAAUGCUUUUCACACUCGAGUAAUGUUCAGACACUGCGAGAAGCCGGCGAGCACCGCAUCUCUCCUCCACACACGACACACAGCCUCGUUCAAACGUAAACGGCUCAGCCUCGGAAGGCAGGGGAGGAACGCAAGCGAGAAAGGCAGCAACCCAAGCAAAGAGGGCUCUGCAGUUCCUCACCGUUACCUGGGAUUUAACCCUUCGACAUCCCCGGAAGGGGCAAGAGGACAUAGGUUCUCUUCCCGUCGCCCGGUACCAUGGAGGCAGUCGCAUUGUACAACUUUGCGGCAUCAGCCGCGGACGAGCUUAGCUUCAACAAGGGAGAAACUCUCAAGGUGCUUAACAUGGAGGAUGAUCCUAACUGGUAUAAAGCUGAAUUGCGUGGGUUAGAAGGCUUUGUUCCCAAGAAUUACAUUAAAGUGAAACCACAUGACUGGUAUAUAGGCAGAAUCUCCAGGACAUCAGCUGAAGAAUUACUCCUGAAACAAGGAUAUGUCGGAGCUUUUCUAUUACGAGAGAGUGAGAGUUCACCUGGCGAAUUCUCCAUAUCAGUGAACUAUGGAAAACAUGUGCAACACUUUAAGGUUCUUCGCGAUAAAGAAGGCAAAUAUUACUUGUGGGAGGAGAAGUUUCAUUCCCUGAAUGAGCUGGUGGACUUCUACAGGACCACAACCAUUGCAAAGAAGCAACAGAUUUUCCUGAGAGAUACAAAACCUGAUGAAGAGUUACAGAAGCCCGAACAUGUCCAGGCAUGCUUUGACUUUUCUCCCCAAGAUCCGACUGAGCUGAUCUUUUAUCGAGGUGACAUCAUUGAAGUUGUAGAAAGCGUGGAUCCAAAUUGGUGGAAAGGAAGGUGCAGAGGUCGCAUUGGCUUUUUCCCACGGAACUAUGUCCAACCGAUGGUCCAGUAACUCUCAACAAUAGCCGAGCCUGAACAUGAGUUGGAAGGACCAAGACUUUUAUACUUGACUCCUCCUGUUUUAACGUCAAACCUGAUUCUUACAAUAGCGACUCCACUUCAACUGCACUCCAUUGGCUGUAAAGUGCCUUGGGUCAUCCUGAAUUCGUGGAAGGCGCUAUAUAAAUGCACAUAUUUUCUUUCUUGACAUGAGCACAAAACUAUAAAUAGUUGGACCAUGUGUUUCUAUUGCUGACUAUUUUUGUCAAACUUUGUGCGUGACUUUAUUUGCUUUGCACUUGGAUCAUUGCAACCUUAUUUUAAUACUGAAUCUAACGUUGUACCUGAGAAAUUAGCUGGUGAUCCAAGAAAAUGUAAAUCCUGAGUUGUUGUCAACUUUGCAAUGCAUGUUUGAUAUUAUUGACAGCAUUUCUCCUAGUUUGUAUGUAUAAUUAGAGGUCUGUUGUCAGGAAGAGACAAUUUAAAAAUAAAUUCUAGUUUUGUUCAUACUAAACAAGAGGACGUCUUAGUUUUGAGUGAAACAAAUAAAACGUAUGGUAUCCCAAA